GGUUUGUGAUUUGUAGCAGAAGGUUCAAAUGCGAAGUAGUGAGCCAUUUAAGCAUGUGACUGUGUCAAUAGAAAAAAAAAAAAAAAAAAUCCUUUUAAUUCCAGCCAAUCUUUAUAAUUAUUGCAGUCUCCAUACUUGAAAAUUUAUGUAUGAGUUUUAUGUAAUCUUCUGUAAACUUAGAGAGAAAUAAUUUUAUUUUUUCAAUUCUUUAUAUUAUCUGUUGAGACGAAAUAAUUUAUUUACCGUAUCUGCGUUUCUGACCCUUAUCCUAACCAUAUAUACUGAUAAACCCAUUUUAUAACUGACAGCUUUUCUCUGUUUUUGAGAUUUUUAGUACAUUUACGGUAUCUGAAAUUACUUAAGCUCAAACAAGGAUGCCGCCGCACAAAGGUAUGAGGUUUAGUUGGGAUAUGAAAAUGCAACCUGAAGAUUUGAUCAAACGUGCUGAUGAGUUAAUAAAUAGAUGCAGAAAAGUUUAUGAUCAUGUAGGAGCUGUACCUGAUAAUGAUGUUAGUUAUGAAAGUGUUUUGAAGGUUUUAGGAGAAAUUGAAUGUGAAUAUACAUCUGAAAGAUAUAUGUGGGAUUUUCCACAAUCCGUAUCAACUGAUCAAGCAAUCCGUGAUGCCAGCACAGAAGCAGAUCAUAGGCUGCAGGCUUUUGAUGUUGAGAUAAGUAUGCGACAAGAUGUCUUCAACAAGCUGCUCAUUGUGGAGAAGAAACAGGAACUUAUGAAACCAGAGGCAAAGCGGUUCCUUGAAAGAUUAAUCAAAUUGGGCAAAAGAAAUGGUUUACAUCUGUCUGGUGAAAUUCAAAAAGAAAUUAAAACUAUAAAGGGUAGAAUGAAUGAUUUAUGCAUUCAAUUCAACAAAAACCUUAGCGAAGAAGCCACCAUCUUAGAAUUUACUGAAGAAGAACUAGAUGGUUUGCCGCUUGACUUUAUACUGAGUUUAAACCAAAAUCCUGACACAGGAAAAAGUGAAGUAACCUUAAAGUAUCCACAUUAUUUUCCAAUUAUGAGAAAGUGUAAGAAUCCUGAAACUCGGCGCCUCAUGGAAUUAGCAUUUAAUAGUCAAUGUAUCAAUGAAAAUAUUCCUAUUUUGGAAGAACUUGUAAAACUUCGAAAAAAGCAAGCAAACUUGCUCGGAUUUUCAAACCAUGCAGCAUAUAUAACUGAUUUGAGAAUGGCUAAGACUGCAGAAAAUGUCAGCGAGUUUUUAACUCAGCUAUGGCAUAAACUCACACCUCUAUGGGAUGAAGAAAGAAAAUAUCUUCUGGAGCUGAAAGAGGAGGAGUGUAAGGAAAUCGGAAUUCCAUUUGAUGGUAAACUGAAUGUUUGGGAUCUGAGGUACUACAUAACAAAAGUCGAGGAAAAGAAAUAUGUUGUGAAUCAAAGCAAACUCAGGGAAUAUUUUCCCUUAUCGGUUGUAACACAAGGAUUAUUGGAUAUUUAUCAGGAAUUACUUGGACUAAAAUUCAGAAAAAUAGAGGAUGCUGAAGCAUGGAAUGAGGAUGUGCAGCUGUUUAGUGUUGAAGAUUCCAGUGAUGAGAAGCUUCUGGGCUAUUUCUUUUUAGAUCUGUUUCCACGAAUGGGAAAAUAUGGCCAUGCUGCUAUAUUUGAGUUGCAGCCUAGUUGUCUUUUGCCUGAUGAAACACGGCAAAUAGCUGUUUGUGCAAUGGUUGCAAACUUCAGCAAGCCACAGCUAGACAAACCAUCAUUAUUGGAUCAUAAUGAGGUAGUUACAUUCUUUCAUGAAUUUGGGCAUGUUAUGCAUCACAUAUGUUCUCAAACAGAUUUUGCUCAUUUUAGUGGUACGAAUGUUGAAAGAGAUUUUGUUGAAGCCCCAUCCCAAAUGUUGGAAAACUGGUGCUGGGAAAGAGAGCCACUGAAAAGAAUGUCUCAGCACUUUUUGAACAAAAGCGAGUUGCCUGAGGAUUCCAUAGAUGCCUUGUUGAAAUCGCGGCUUGCCAAUACCGGUUAUCAUAAUUUACGUCAGAUUGUCUUAGCAAUGUUUGAUUACAAGAUUCAUACAAAUCCUGAGGCUGACACUAAACAAAUGUAUUCUGAUGUACAAAAAGAAGUACUAGGCAUAGAACCAUCUGAAGGAACUCAUUUUGCCUGCCACUUUGGACACCUUGCUGGUGGUUAUGAUGCCCAGUAUUACAGCUAUUUGUGGAGUGAAGUGUACAGUUUAGACAUGUUCUAUUCUCGUUUUAAAGAUGGCAAAGUGAUGAACAGCGAAGUAGGCAGAGAAUACAGAGAAAAAAUUUUAAAACCAGGUGGAUCAAAGGAUGCCUACGAUAUGAUCAUCGACUUUCUUGGUCGAGAACCUACUCAAGACGCUUUUCUAAUUAAUAAAGGCCUUAAAAUAUAAAUUAUUCAAUUGCAAUAGUAUACAACAGUUAAUCAUAAUUGAUUAUAUAUAUCUGAUGGAUAUCUUUGGAGUGGUACCACCCUAUGCAAUAUUUGUCACAGGAUGUCAUAAUGUGCUGAUUUUUAUAAAGAGAUUUUAAUUUAAAAA